GAACAGACAUUGCGCCUCGCACGUACCAAAAAAGGCGCAGGCAGCCGGUCACCCUCCAGUCACCACACCUGUGGCGAUGGCUUGCCGACAAAGCGGCGCGAGCUCGUGCCAGGUCGCAUAUCUAAAAAUGCUCUCCGCCACCACCACGUUUGCCUCGUUGGUGCUGGCGCUGACGGCCACUACACAGGCCCAGUUCAACGGGGUUGCCACGACGUACGGCCCCCCUGGUGGCGAGUCCCCUCAAGGCGGGCACUGCGCCCUCAUGACAUGGAUGAACUUUGCGCCACAGUUUCACGCUGCCCUGAAUGACAAACAGUGGUCGUCGGGCGUGCACUGCGGCCGCUGUGUCCUCGUCACCUGCACGGACCCGCGGUGUACAUCCACCGAGUCUGUCCUUGGUCAGAUCACCGAUCGCUGCCCAGAGUGCUCGCACGGUGACCUCGAUAUGUCGUUGCCCAUGUUCAACAAGAUCACGGGCUACACCACGGAUCGAUUGACGAUCCAUUGGGACUUUGUCGAUUGCCCAGUGACCGGUGGCGUCCAAGUGUGCGCCAAGGCUGGCAGUAGCAAGCAUUGGCUGUAUGUCCAAGCCAGCAACGCCGUGAACGGCGUUGCCAGCAUGAACAUUAACGGCGCCCCUGCUCCCAUCUUUGACUCGGCAUACUACUUUAUGUCGCAAGUGCUCGGCACGGUCGAGUUGGCAGACACGUUUGUGUCCAUGACAUCUCAUGGAGGGGACAAAAUCGAAGUCAAGGUUGCGUUGGAAGCGGAUAAGUGCACCCAGAUCACUCAACAGUUUGCUAGAGGCUCGCGCCCUGUACCUCCUCCACCGGCGCCACCUGCACCCACGCCACCUCCCGCACCUGCACCAUCCCCCGCACCCACGCCACCUCCUGCACCUACACCAUCCCCCGCACCUACGCCAACUCCCGAACCUACACAACCUCCUGCACCUGCGCCAACACCCGCACCUGCUCCAAUCCCUGCACCGACGCCACCACCCGCACCGACGCCACCACCUGUCACGCCGUCACCCGCCACGCCACCGCCACCUACUCCACCUCCAGCCACACCAAAUCCCUCCACCGAGCCUCCGUCCACAACUCCGCCGACUCCAACCACGUCUACAGCCACAGAGCCACCGUCGACGACCCAAGCUACCCCACUCACCACUGCUCCGCCCCAAACGACAUCUGCACCCACCACACCGCCAUCCACGUCAACGGCCACCGAACAGUUGGAGGUGCUGGUAGAGACCACCACUGUAGCCCCAUUGGUUGUGCCUGGUGCCAACACCUCGACAAGUCCGACGACGAAUCCUCCGUCGCUAGAAGAGCUGCAUGCUGCGGAAGCACCGAUUUCGAGCCCGAACAACACGACUUGGAAGCCAUCGCCGGACAGUGCCCCAGCAGCGUCCACCACCACGACGCUUCCACCUUUCAAUGACCAGGAAACGGUGAACCAAGUGUCUGUACGAGCAAGCGCUGAAUCGAGCGCUGCAUCCAAUGCACUGGCGAUAUCGUUUGGCUCUGCUUUUCUCCUGGGACUGGCGGUGCUCGGGUACGUGUCGUACCGUUCGCGACGCCGCGUCGAGGCAGAGAAACGCCGCGACAGAGACCACGACGAGUCAUCUUUCAGCGUCAUCCUGGGGAAAGCAACCCCCACACACGACAUUGCGAUCCUGUAACCAUACAAUAGAAACUCGCUCGUCGCAAAGUUACGAGUUAG